CUGACCGUCGUACAGUCUGAAAGCGACGGCGGGAGCGAGUUGACCCUCAGGUGUUUUUAUGAUGCUGGUGCCACCAGAUAUGCUGGCGGCCCAGUCGAAAAUGUUGUACCAAAUUAAUAAGUAUUACGGGGAACGGGUGCAGACGAGAAUGGGUACAAUUGCGAAGACGAUACGCGAAGUUUGCAAGGUGGUGCAGGACGUACUGAAAGAGGUGGAGGUGCAAGAGCCGCGAUUUAUAUCGUCGCUAACUGAAUGUAACGGUAGAUACGAGGGUUUGGAAGUAGUCUCCCCUACGGAAUUCGAGGUGGUGUUAUAUCUAAAUCAAAUGGGUGUCUUUAACUUUGUGGAUGACGGCACUUUACCUGGCUGUGCGGUUUUGAAACUAAGCGACGGAAGAAAGCGAUCCAUGUCGCUUUGGGUCGAAUUCAUUACGGCUUCCGGUUACCUUUCGGCGCGCAAAAUACGUUCGCGUUUUCAGACUCUUGUUGCCCAAGCUUGUGAUAAGUGCUCCUACAGAGACUGUGUCAAAAUGAUCUCCGAGACGACAGAAGUUAAAUUAAGAAUUCGCGAAAGGUACGUUGUGCAAAUAACACCCGCGUUUAAAUGCUCAGGUGUUUGGCCCCGAUCCGCGGCUCAUUGGCCCAUACCUCACAUUCCGUGGCCCCAUCCCAAUCUCGUCGCCGAGGUUAAGACUGAAGGUUUCGACUUGUUAUCAAAGGAAAGUGUGGCGAUUCAGGGAAAACAAUCCGCAAUGGAAGGCGACGCUUGGGUGCUAUCGUUUAACGAGGCCGAAAACCGCCUACUACAAGGCGGUUGUAGGCGACGGUGUUUAAGUAUUUUGAAAACAUUGCGCGAUCGCCAUCUCGAUUUACCCGGAAACCCCGUCACAAGUUACCACAUGAAGACUUUGUUACUGUACGAGUGCGAAAAACACCCGCGAGAAAGCGAAUGGGACGAGUCCUGCAUUGGGGACAGGAUUAAUGGCAUUUUCUUACAACUCAUCUCCUGCCUACAGUGCAAACGGUGCCCACAUUAUUUCCUACCCAACUUGGACUUAUUCAAAGGUAAAUCCCCUAGUGCACUCGAAAAUGCGUCGAAACAAGUGUGGAGACUAACACGCGAAAUGUUGACGAAUACGAGGUGUCUCGAAAAAUUGUAAUCAUUCCUGUAUAUUUUCAAAAACGCGUAUAUUCGAUGUAGGCCAAAUUUGUGAUUUCAAAAAUGUCCCGGUUUCUAUCUCUUUAGUGCCAUAAUAAUUUUCAGUUGACUGUAUAUUUAUUAUAUUCGAAUUUAGUUAUUAUAUAGCGUUGCAUCAUUAUUGUUUGUAUAUUGUGUAAAUAUCAUGUUAUUUAAGUAUAAAUUAUUUUAUUUCCAACACAAUGUGAUUUACUGUUAAGUAUUUAUGGGAAUAAAAGCUUGUAU